AUGAUACCCCGAAAAAACCAUAUCAUCCUCAUAUCUUUCGUCGUCGUCUCGGUCUUUUUGUGGAGUCUGCCUUUCAGCUCACCUGUCUCGGGAAGCCUUCUGCCUCCCCAAACUCCGGUUCCCAACCAUGAACAACCGAAUAGACCACUCCAAUACGAAGGAGGAAUUCCAGUUCGCAAACCCGAACAACCGAAGGAACCUAUUCAACCUGAAGAACCGAAAGCACCUGUUCAACCUGAGCAACCGCAGAAACUUGCUCAACCUGAGCAACCAAAGGAGCCUGAGCAACCAAAGGAGCCCGAACAACCAAAGGAGCAUGAACAACCAAAGGAACCCAAAGUAGCGAAGGAACCUAUUAAGUCCGUGGAUCCACAUCUUGAACACAAAUUAUCCAAGGAAGGGGCAAUAGGGGGGAUACCGUUGCCGCCUCCUGUCCUGAAGCCAAUUGGAGAACCUUAUAUCAAAACAUUAGUUAUCUCCAGUACCGCGGCAGAGGAUGUUAAUUGGGUUGCAACAAACUUUAGAGGAGACGAAAACAUUCGACCAGCCAUAUAUGUGGUAGAUGAUAAAACGGCACCGCUACACACCCCAGAAAACAAAGGUCACGAGGUUAUGACAUACCUGACGUACAUAAUUGAUCAUUACCAGAAUCUCAGCGAUGUCAAUAUUUUCCUGCACGCCCAUGAGAACUCCUGGCAUAACAAUGAAGUUCUUGGUGGCGAUGCUGUGGAUAUGAUUAAGCGGUUGUCAUCGGAACGUGUGCAACGCGAAGGCUACAUGAACAUGAAAUGCGGGUGGGGAGCUGGGUGUCCGGAUUGGCUCCAUCUUGGUUCCUUCAAAGAAGAGCCUUACAAGGAAGAGCAACCAUUGAUGGCGAUGGCAUUCGCACAACUUUUCCCUUUCGAUCCUAUACCAGAGGUGUUAGCCCAACCGUGCUGUGCACAGUUUGCAGUAUCCAGAGCCACCAUUCAAAGGCUGCCUCGGGAAACCUAUGUGGGAAUCCGGGAUUGGUUGAUCCGCACAAGACAGACUGAUUACAUCAGUGGAAGGAUUUUUGAACACAUAUGGCAGUUCAUAUUCACAGGAAAGAAUGUGUUGUGUCCCGAAAUGCAUAUAUGCUACUGUGAUGGUUUUGGUGUAUGCUUCGACGGGAAAGAAAAUCUCGGCAAAUGGACUAAUACGUACGAGGAGCGCAAAAAAUUACAAGAUGAGCGGAACGCCUGGAUUGAAUCGAAGAAAACAUUCGACGAAAGCUCCAAAGAAGAGAGGCGGAAAUUGGUGGAACCAGAGGUCGGGAGAGAUAUGGUUUUGGAAGGCCAAAUCAAGGGCCUGACAGCUUGGCUUGAUAAAACGGUGGAGGAGGCGAAACAGCGCGGUGAUGUAGCGCAGAACAGAGCAAAGGAGGCGGGGAGGGAGUGGAAUGAUGGCGACGGGUUUUGA